CUCCGCUUCUCUCAUUGGCUCACACAGCUCCAGCCGUUCGGUCCUCAGCAGGACGGGGCGUCUACUCUCAUCUUUAAGGUUAUUAUUACCAUUAUUGUUCUUAUUAUUUUAACAGCUUUUAUAUAAUACAGGUUCUACAUUUCGGAACAGGAGCGACAUUUUGUCUAACGAGCUAAUGUGUCCAGCUCCCUCAGCCUGAUGCUCGUUGUUCACGAGGGUUUCUUCUUCUGCAGUCAUUGCUCCGUCUGAUCACAUCAACGGAGGACCGAAAUAGCCGUCACAUCCGGUCUGGAUGUGAGCGCCGAGGCUCCAGCUGUCCCGCUGUAGGUGGAGAGGGUGGAGCUGCUUCUCCACUGCGUGUGUCCCGCAGAGAGGGAGACAGACAGACAGACAGACGGGCAGGUACCUGUCUCCAGCGUCCAGAUGGGGAACAGCGCGCUGAAGUCUCACCUGGAGACCUCCCAGAAGACCGGAGUGUUCCAGCUGACGUCGAAGGGCCUGCAGGAGUUCCCAGAGGAGCUGCAGAAACUCGUCGCCAACCUGCGGACCGUCGACCUGUCGGCCAAUAAGAUCGAGGUCCUUCCCGGCGCCGUGGGGAACUUCCUGCAGCUCAAAAGUCUGACGCUCAACGCCAACCGACUCGCCGAUCUCCCUGCAGAGAUCGGGAAGCUGAAAAAGCUGGAGACUCUGAGUCUCAACGGAAACCGGAUCCAGCAGCUGCCCCCGACCCUGGGUCAGCUCAGAGCCCUGCGGACCCUCAACCUGUCAGGGAACCAGAUCUCAGAGUUCCCUCCCGGUCUGGGGACGCUGAGGCACCUGGACCUGCUGGACCUGUCCCGCAACAAGAUCCGGAGCAUCCCGGCCACCGUGUCCGAGCUGCAGACCAUCGAGCUGAACCUCAACCAGAACCAGAUCUCGGUGCUGUCGGAGGACAUUUCCCUGUGUCCUCGUCUUAAGGUCCUCCGUCUGGAGGAGAACUGCCUGGAGCUGUCCUCCAUCCCUCAGUCCGUCCUGGGGGCCUCUCAGGUGUCCCUGUUCUCGGUGGAGGGGAACCUGUUUGAGGUGAAGGACCUGCGAGACCUGGAGGGAUACGAGAAGUACAUGGAGCGUUUCACGGCCACCAAGAAGAAGUUCACCUGAAGACCUCUGUUUGUGAUGGCGCCAGUGUUCCUCAGGGAUGCAUUUACAGUCACUAACAUUCACUAACAUUAUAUAAAACAGCGUUAUUCCUUUUCUGACCUUAAUAUUUAAUGCACAUAACGUCUUCUUGUGAAUCUGUUUAAAUGGAUAAAGUAUCCUGUUAUGAAGCAGAAGAUGUUUUAUUUCAUCCAGCGAUGCUCAAAAUAAAGCAGUUUAUGAAAACAAUAAUAAAGUAAUCAUUUACUGAAUGAUCUCAUUUGAGAUGAAUACACGAUGGAUUUCAUCCUGGAUGUGAGGCUGAAAUAGAAAAGGUGAGUUUGUAUAAUAGAAUUUCAUUGUUUAUAUUUAAUCAAUAAAAAUUAUGAAAUCAAUAACAUUAUAUUAUAACAUUAUUUCAUAUUUGAUUUAUUGAAAUAAAAACGUGCUAAUGAAUCCAAAUCUUCUG